CCGCCGAGCCGGGAACCGCUCCGGAGCUCCGCGGCUGGUAAAAACCGAACCAAAACCAAAUCCGAACCAAAAAAACACACUCCCGCUUCGGCCGGGGCUGGAGAGGCGGCCGAGGACCAUGCAGCGCGUCCCCCGGCUCGGCGCUCCCGGCAGAGCCGCCUCCUAGAGCCGCCGGACUCGGGGCUCCCCCCGCCAGGACCCGAGCGGCUCCUCCUUCCCCUCUCCCCUCCAGCCGGGCAAGGAGCCCGCCUUCGCACUCCUCUCCCUCUCGAGAUUUUGGGUUUUUUGUUGUGUGUUUAUUUUUUUUUUUGAGUGGAAACCGCCCGUAACUCCGGGGGGGGGGGCUGUAGGGGGACGGCGGGGAGGGGACCAUGGAAGAAAAGCUCCAGGCGCAUCAGGUGGAGAUCGACCCGGAUUUCGAGCCGCAGAGCCGGCCCCGCUCUUGCACUUGGCCUCUCCCCCACCCCGACUUGGCGGCGGAGGAAGAGGAUGGGGGCGCGGGGGGACCCCCGACGCUGGCGGCCGGCGGAGACGGAGCCGAGAACGCGGCGGCCCCGGUGGAGCGCAGAGUCGCCGCCGCGCCCCCGCCGCCCCCCGGCGCGGAUGUGGGGCAGCUCCGCAAGGCCAAGACCUCCCGGCGCAACGCCUGGGGCAACCUUUCCUACGCCGACCUCAUCACCAAAGCCAUCGAGAGCUCGCCGGAGAAGCGCCUCACCCUCUCGCAAAUCUACGACUGGAUGGUGCGAUACGUUCCCUACUUUAAGGAUAAAGGAGACAGCAACAGCUCCGCCGGCUGGAAGAACUCCAUCCGGCACAACCUGUCCCUGCACACCCGGUUCAUCCGCGUGCAGAACGAGGGCACCGGCAAGAGCUCCUGGUGGAUGCUGAACCCCGAGGGCGGCAAGACGGGCAAGACGCCGCGGCGGCGGGCGGUGUCCAUGGACAACAACAGCAAGUUCCUGCGCAUCAAGGGCAAGGCCAGCAAGAAGAAGCAGCUGCAGGUGACACAGGAGCGCGGGGAGGACAGCCCCUCCUCCCAGCAGCCCAAGUGGUCGGAGAGCCCCGCGUCCCACGCCAGCGACGAGUACGACGCCUGGGCGGACUUCCGGACACGCGCCAGCUCCACGGCCAGCACGCUGAGCGGGCGCCUCUCGCCCAUCAUGGCCAACCACGAGCCUGACGAGCUGGAGGAGGAUGAUGGCACCCCCUCCUCCCCGCUGAUGUACCCCAGCCCCUCCAGCACCAUGUCUCCUUCCCUCAGCGCCCGCUGCUCCGUGGAGCUGCCCCGGCUGACCGACCUGACCGGCACCAUCAGCCUGAACGAGAGCCUCGGGGAGAGCAUGCUGGAGGACCUGCAGGAUGGCUACGCCAUGAGCCCGAGCCAGCAGCUCCCGCCGGCCGCCCUGCGGCAGCGCAGCUCCAGCUUCACCUUCAACUCCAAGUGCUCCAACAUGGGGGCUGCCGGCAACACCUACUGCGGGACCAUCUACAGCCAGCCGGCCAUGGGCCUCAUGCGCCGCCUGCCCAUGCAGACCAUCCAGGAGAACAAGCAGGCCACCUUCUCUCCCGUCAGCUCCUACAGGAACGCCUCGCUGCAGGACCUGCUCUCCUCCAUCUCCUACAUGCACAAGGAGAGCAUGGUCCCGGGGGACCUGCCCCUGCCGCAGGCCAGCCCCAUGGUGCCGGCCCGUGGCCACAGACACAACCCGCUGCUGUGCGGGGGCGGGGAGCAGGGCCUGUCCUCCUACCCGUCCCACCCGGGCUCUCUCAUGAAGAGCGGCGCGUUGUACCACCCGUCACCAGCCGGCCACCACCCCGCGGUCAACACCAGUGCCUUAGCCAAUCCUGUCAGCCUUAUGAGCCUGCCCAGCGACUCGUGCAGCAUGGCGGCCAUGCCGCACCACGGGCACCUGCAUCCCUACGCCAAUAACCAAGGGGCACACAUGAGCCUGCUGGAUUCGCUGCAGGGCCCCUACCCGGGGGCCGUCCACCCCCCCGUGUUGGGCCAAGACAGGUUCCCAGCAGACCUGGACCUGGACAUGUUCAACGGGAGCCUGGAGUGCGACGUGGAGUCGAUCAUCCUGAAUGACUUUAUGGACAGCGACGAGAUGGACUUCAACUUCGACUCGGCCCUCCCGCCGCAGAACGGGCUCAACGUGCCCGCGCUGCCCGGGGGGCCACAGCCCACAAACCAGAGCUGGGUGCCUGGGUGAUGCCCGCCCCGGGGGGGGCUGACCACCGGGAAGCCACGAGGGGAACAUUGAGACUAACUUUUUUUUUCCUUUCUCUUCUGCCUUUGUUUGUUAAGAUGGGCGAGAGCCGUCGGUCUGAGCUCGAGGUUGAACACGGAACACAAACCGGAGGGUCAAAUACUGAGAUGGAGGGGGAGGGCCCCCAGCCCCACGUGUGCCCCGUCUGCUGGGUCCUCCCGUGGGCAUCCUCCAGAGGACACAGGGCAGCUGAGUGGGAGAGGCAGCUGGAGCCAGACGGAUCCAGGGGGGUAGCAGGAAGGGAAGGCCUUUCCAGAUGGUCCCAGUGCCCCACUGUGAUGGUGCCAGUUUGAUUUGCCCUUGGGCUGGGUGACGGAGCGGUGACGGCUGGUGGUGUGGUCGUUUCCCAUGGGAAGGGACUGUUCCCUGAGCCACCUUGGGAAAUGAGUCCUCUGGGUAGAAGUGUCAGGAGUGGGGACCCUGCCCCAGGGUUGGGGGGGCUCGUCACCCCUCAGUCCUGGUGGAGGUCAGAGCUCUGCCAAGCCCACACACCCAGGACACCUCCACAGGGAGUGUCCUUGUGUGGCCCCAGGCAGGUUCUCUUACUGAGCAGUGAGAGGGGUGGUGAUGGAGGGGAGGGUGUGCAGGCAGCAGCCCUGGGAACAGCAUCUGGGCAGCCCCCUCGCCUGCUGGGGGCUGGGGGUGCCCCAGGAAUGCUGCAGUCCCUGCCUGGGGCAGGCGUGGGCAGGGCCCUGGGGGGUCCUGCUGGGAGUGAUGUGCUGCUGGAAUGGGUCCCCUGUGCUGGAGGCUCAGGGGCAGCUCGCAGGGUUGGGGAGGGGGGCGUAUUUAUUUGAUUUCAUGCACUCUUUUGCCAUUGAGUUUUUGCAUUGGAAGGAAGAAAGGGUCGAGCUUAGGGACAGGAGAAAGAGGCCGUGAGCAGUGCUGGUGGCUGUGUCCUGUCACAGGGCUCAUCUUGGCUUGGAUGAUCAUCUUUGGGUGCUGGAUGAUGGGGUGAAAGCUGUGAU